AUUUACGACGUACGACGUGCAAAGAGAGGAUGGAAAAGUCGAGAAUGCAAUUCCCAUCUCGUUUUUCCCAGACAAUUUAAGGCAGCAGCUUCCAUGCCGGUGGAGUGUUCCUGCGCUCCAGAGCGCCAGUACAGUUCAGCUCAGCCAUCUCAGUCUUAACGAUGAGCGCCUAUGCAGGGCUGUGACAAUCUGCAGCAAACAUGCCCCCUUCUUCCUCCUUCUUGGCGUCAGCGCCAGCAAUUGGGGGCACGUUCCGGAAGACCAACGGUUCAUCUUCGUCAGCUUCCCUUGCUGAGCUGGCUCCGCCCCCCUUGGCAAGCAAUUCAAAAAGGCGGAGCAAUGUGGAGGACACGGCAGCUAUAGACGCGCUCUUUGACGAUGGGCCCAAGCAGAGGAGUGGCAAUGCCCCAGAGAAAGGCUCAAAAGGGAAGGGUCGACAGAGCGUACACCUGAGCACAACCGACGCUUUGAAGACAGACCCAAUCGACAACCCCCCAAAGAAGAGCGUGCUCAAAAGCGCCAGCCCUGCCCUAGCCCUCCUCUCUUCCCAACACAGUGUUUCUCUCAACGCACAAAAAGACGAUGCUUCCACCUCGAGGCCUUCGUCUAGCUAUGGCAUCAGAUCUCAGUCAUCGGCAGACCUUUUGAACUCCGACUCUGAGCCGUUCGGAAAGGAGGGCGGCAAGAGGGACAAACCGAGGGUGACCUUUGCGGAACCUGUGAGGGAUAGCUGGGAGAAAGACGAGCUAAAAGCGCACGGAGAAGUGGGGCCGUCCGAUAGGAGCGGUGGUUCGGGCGUUACAAAUCCGCAACAUACAGGAAGGGAGGGGCUUGCAAAGCCGAGCGUUUUUGGAUCUUUGGAGGGUGACUCGCUCGAUUUUUUGGGACUUGGAUCGAGUGCCGCGGCGCCCAAAACGGGGCGAAGAGGCAGGCCGCCGGUGUCUGAUGUAGGCACAACCGGCCAACUUGACUUUGGCGGCGCAACCACGUACGCUGCUCCGUUGCUUCAGAGCUCUCAACAAAAGAGCUUGAAAGAACACCCAGAAAAACCAACGGAUAGGGCUUUGCCAAAGGAGGAGACGACUGACUGGGGCGAUGCAGACGACUUGCUGGCGAUGCUGCCGGACGGCUCGGGGGCCCCAUCAAAGAAGUCGAGUUCAGAGAGUCCGCCACGUGGCACCGUUCAAUUGGCUUCUCAGCAGCCUCGCAAACUGGUCUCUGCAUUUGAGGAGAGAGCGGGCGUUUCCGAUUCUGAGCCAACCGUCGCCCCGCUUCCGGAGGUCUCGGGAUUGGGUGACAGUUUGCCGGCAGCGAAGGAAACUGCCGCUCCUGAUUUGGGAGGAUACACCCCUUCGUUUCUGAACAACACGGGGAGAACUAGAAGGGCGGGCGUUGGUCUGGGGAGGAGACCGCCGAGCCCCCUCGUUUCGGACACGAGCGUUUGGACGGAGUCGGAAGCUCAGAGGCGUUCGAUGGGCGGCUUUCGGACGGAGUCGGACGCUCAGGGCCGUUCGAGGAAUAGCGGUUUGAAUGGUACGGACGCCCUGAAGCGUCCGAUGAGUGCGGACCAGGCUCGGAGUGGUCCGCAACUAGGAAGCGCGCUGGGCGGCCGUCCGGCGACUGCUGACGUGUUCCGAGACGCUAGAGUUCCGCCCUCGCUGGACAGCAGGAACGGAGUGCCUGCUUCGGGUUAUUCUCCGAAAGCAGAUACGCAAAGAGCGGCUGGUUUCGCAGGUACAAGCAGGGGCGCGGGGGCUGCCAAGACGAGUCGGCUCGUGAAUGAAGCUACAGAAGAAGAGCCGUUUCUCCGGCCGGCAGAGACGUCGGGACGGCGGAAUGACAGGGCCGAAGAGGAGUUCGUGAUGAGACCGGGCUCGGGGGGAUCCCUCCGGGGCAGGGACAGGGAAGGUGACGCAGUGGAGCAGGCAGAACACGCGCGCGCCCUGGCCGCGCUCAGGGAGGAGAUGGCCGCGAGCGCUGCGAAGGCCGCUCGCGAGCGGGAGCUGCUGGUCUCACUGCACCAGCAAGAGCUGGCCGCACGCGACCGACAAGCGGAGGAAGAGAGGGCCUUUUCCUCGGAGCACCAGAAGAGCCUGGACGUGCUCCAGAAGCUGGUCGCCCAAGUGGAGUCCUGGACUGCGGAAGUCCAGCACAUGAGCGAGGCGACCCGGUCCGAUAAGGAGAAGAUGGUCGCAGAGAGAGCGGAGGCCGUCCGGAGCGGCGAGGCCGGCCUGGCCGCGCGCGAGACCGCGCUCAGUGCGCGCGAGCAGCAGACCCAGAGCGCGACGCAGCGGCUAGAUUUGCUCAUGGCGACGCUAGACGAGAGCGUGAAGGCGCUGCAUAGCGGGCAAGCGGAGGAGAGGGCGCGGCUAGAGAAAGAGCAUGCGAGACUGCAGUCCCUCCAGGAGUCCGUUCUGGCGGAACGUUCCGCCGCUCAGGCGGAUCUUGCGGCAGCGCGCGAGCGGCUGGAGGAGAUGCGGGACGCGCGGGUGCGCGAGCGGGAGCAGUUUCUAGCGGAAUGCGAAGCGGAACGCAAGGAACUAGCAGCGGAACGGAAAGCGCUGGGCGACGCCAAGGAGCAGGUGUGCCUGGCGGAAGCGGAACUAGACGUGCGGAUCGCGCAGCACGAGGCGAAAGUAAAGAGUGAGACGGAGGCGCUCGAGCGCGAGCGCCUGGACGUCGAGAAAGUGCGGGAGUGCGCGCUCGAGGAGGCGCACGCGAUUCAGCGCGAGCGGGCCGACCUCGAAGAAGAGAAGGCGGCCCUGGCUGCGGAGGUGGAUAGCGUACAGGAAACGGCGCGGCACGCGCAGGCCCAGUUCGAGGAGGCGGCCGCUAUUCGCAACGAGGCCGCGCUGCUGCACCGCGACGCAGAGGCGCUGCACCAGGACCGCGUCGAGCGCGACGCGCGCUGGGAGGCGGAACGCCUAGAGAUUGAAAAAGCGCGCGAGAGCUUGCUGGCUCUACGGCGGUCUCUCGACGAGGAGCGGUAUCAGAUCGCGCAGGAGCGGCGCAGUGCGGGCGACGAGAAGCUGGAGGCGGUGCGCAUGGCGGAGUCCGCGCGGCUGCUCAUGCAGAAGGCGGGCGGAACGGGGACGGAAUCGGGGGAGCGGAAGGAGAACCUUCCGGCGGAACGCCCUUCCGCCGCCACCAAGAAGAAGAAAAAGUACGCCAACCUAGUUCGGGCGCUCGUGGGCGGCAGCGGCACGCUCGACGACGUCCUCGCCGCGCGCCUGGGCGCGGCCGCGGGGGAUCCCUAGCAAAGAGAGCGCGAGCAGGGGCGCGCGUACCUCCAGAGCCAGGCCGACUUCCUCGCCCAGGCGGAGGCGCGCGCGCGCGUGCCUGUGCACGCGCGCUUUGGGCGCGCGCGCUACUGCAACCUGGACGUUAUUGAGGAGUUGCCGCGGUUUCGAAAAGGGUUUGAAGGGUUAGCCGAAACAACCGGGCGGGAUCGGAUACCCCAGUGGGAAAACGCGGGGACGAAAGCGGGGUUUGGAAGUCGGGGGGUGCAAACCAGGGGGGAAAGCGAAGUGGUUAAGCGGAGCGUCGACGAGCCGCUUCGGUUUCCUGAGCCCUAUGGGGAAGGCGAGGGGCAGUCGGGUGGGUCUCGACAUGUGGCUGGGAAGAACGCGUCAGAGGUGGAUUGGGCGGAAGAUGAAAGCGCCCGGGGUCGUGCUUGAUGGGUGAUAGUUGGCUUACAUACGGGCAACGGGACACGCGACUAACCGGCGGCAGAAACCUAGUAUUUCAGGUCAACAUUCUAAAAUUUACGGGCGUACUGACAGGAGAGAUCGAGUAAUUCCAGUAAAGCCUUCCUAUUGGAUACUGAUCGUACUUCCAAUGGCUUGGGCCAAUAAGCAGCAUUCAAUGGUCUUGAAACGCGCAGAGUUUUCUCAACGUAUGCUUGUUUAUCUGCAACCUGCAAAUAAGGCCGACAAACCCAAUGUAAUUCUACGUACUGAGCAACUCGCCGUCGAUCGAUGCAUAAGCGUUGUUAGCUGUACGGCGCUGUAGACGGAAGGUCGCAAUAUGGGACUCAAUAAAGCAUCUAGCUCUCUUCAUUUUUGAUUGGCGACAGUGAAUUCAAG